AAAGGCAGGGAGCUCGUGUGGCACAUCAGGAUCCGACAUGACUUCACCCGCGCUGUUGCUGACCUUCAUCAGUGGCCUCACUGUGGCCCACUACGCUGCUGCUGGACCUUAUGAGCCAUGCCCUUUUGAUCCAUGUAUCGUCUUGAAGGAGAUCAAUGCGUUGAAAGAAGCUUUGGAAGCCAGAGAUGUACCCAAAGUAGCUUUUUCUGCCCGAACGUCUAAGGGUGGAGCCUAUGGAAAUUUCCAGGGUGACACAACCCUGACCUACAAUGCAGUGAUAACCAAUGUUGGGGAUGCUUAUAAUCCACCCACAGCAGGUGUCGCCACAGCGAACGAGUCGCAUGGUAAACUUGGCAAUGUUUUACGCCGGAUGCCAUUCCUGACCCAACCCUCUCAAAGCAACCGGGCUUGGGACCGGCACAGAAGUAGAGAAGGGAACAGGGAGCAACCCGGAGUCGAACCCUGGUUUCACGGACGGACGGCGCCGCAAACCGCCACGAGCUAAACCGGCUCUCACUUAAUUUUGACAAUUAAAUGAUCAAAAAUAAUCAGAAAAUUCCUCUUAAAAUUGCCCCUGCGCUUCAUAAUCUGAAUAACUUUGUAAGCAAAUAUUUAUAAGGGUGUAAAAAAACACGGGCAGAUUUUUGGCAUUUUGGCACAUUUAUUUGGAACAACGAGGUAAACAACUUUCUUCAGAAAACAACAAAAACUUUCACUAAACAUUAACAUGAUGACAUAACUGAUGUCCCUGAACUGCAAACCUGCACUUUAUAGGAGUGAAAGACAAACAUGAAAUCCUAUUUGGUAAUAGUACGGGUAUACUAUUUUCAGCUUGAAUGCAUUAAAUUAAAUCUCUCAAUAAAGGUCAUAGAAACAGAUGGAGAAAUGCAGAUUGUUGUAACAAAUAGAAUAAAAAAAGCAUUAAUUCCAAUCUUUGACAGAGGUGCAGUGGAGUCAAGGUGUCAUAAUUGAUUUAUUAAUGUAGGGAAGUAAAAUUCCUAAAAUGACUGUUUUAUUCGUCUAUCUAUGCUUUUAUGGAGUUAUGUACGUUUAAUUGCAUAAAAUGCACGUAAUGUCAAUAUUGAAUUUACAGCUUGUGUUUGCAGGAAGGAAGCCCAAUGAUUGGGCUGGCGAACCUCAGGAACCCCCCACCCCACAGUAACCAUUUACAGAUACUUCAGAAUAAAGGCAGGGAGCUCGUGUGGCACAUCAGGAGCCGACAUGACUUCAGCCGCGCUGUUGCUGACCUUCAUCAGUGGCCUCACUGUGGCCCACUACGCUGCUGCUGGACCUUAUGAGCCAUGCCCUUUUGAUCCAUGUAUCGUCUUGAAGGAGAUCAAUGCGUUGAAAGAAGCUUUGGAAGCCAGAGAUGUACCCAAAGUAGCUUUUUCUGCCCGAACAUCUAAAGGUGGAGCCUAUGGAAAUUUCCAGGGUGACACAACCCUGACCUACAAUGCAGUGAUAACCAAUGUUGGGAAUGCUUAUAAUCCACCCACAGGGAUCUUCACUGCGCCUGUCAAAGGCCUGUAUUACUUCACCUACUUUGCUCACGGUGGAGGAACGGACCGCAUUAAUCUACAUCUCAAGAAGGAUGGUACUAUUGUUGCUGGCAUCCACGACCACCCGUCAGAUGCUGAUACUGCAGAUAACGCAGGCAACGCCGUGUUCCUGGAGUUGGAGCAGGGGAAUCAAGUGUAUGUGACCCUUGUGGCAAACUCAGCUAUUUGGGGGGAAGGAUUCUUCACCACCUUUAGUGGAGUUCUGCUCAGCAAGUCCUGAGAAGCUGUUCACUUUUUUUUUUAACCCAAACAUUUAUAUUUUAAAUUACUUUUUAUUACACAAAAUGAUGGCGAAAACUUGAUUCCCCUUUGAUGUAAUCUUAUGUGAACAGUUUUUCAAAAAUAAAAUCUGUCCCUGUAAA